GUCGGCGGGCGGCGAGGAGAGGAGAGGAGCGGACGGGCAAUGCGCUGCUACAGCUCCGUCUCGGCGCAGGCGGCAGCCUUGUGCAACCAAUAUGGCUGCGUGCGGCCGCGAAUGAAAGGAGGUGCUUGGAGCUGAAGCCGUCUCCCCCCACCCCCUCCGCGGCUGUGUGGCCUUUAGCGAGCGGAGGAGAGAAGUUGUCUGGGCUGCCCCGCGGGGGGUGGGGGGUGCCGGGGAGGCGGUGGCCCUGCCCGCGGCUCCUGCUCUGGGCUGUCCCCCUCCCGGGGGCAGGGGAAAGGAGAAGUUUCACCGCCCGGGGGGGCGGAAAAGCGGCGAGAGGGGCGCCAGCUGGAGGAGGAAGAGCAGCAACAGCCCCUGACGGCUACUCGCCCCCCAUCUGCCUGAGGGGGAGCGCGGCGCCGGCUCCCGGCCCGGAGGAGGAGGAAGAGGCAAAGCUGUCCUCGGCCCAGGUCCUGCCCGAGCUCCGCGCCUUCUCACCGGGACGAAGUUUCGCCGGGGGCCGCUGCGGGGGCGCCGGCUGCCGGAGGAGGGCGGCCGGCAGCGCUCCGCCUUGGCCCGCGCCUCCGCGGGGGCGGCGGUGGCGGAGCGGCGGGGCCGGGGGGCGACGGCGGUGCGCAGCCCCGGCGGGCGAAGUUUGGCUGGCGGCGGCCUGCAGCGGCCAUGGAGCCGAAGCACAAGGAGCUGCUCGCCCAGUGCCGCCAGAGCCUGGCGCAGGCCAUGACCGAGGUGGACAAGGUGGUGGAGCUGCUGGAGGCCGCCGGCGCCCUCGGCGCCCGCGACCUGCGCGACCUGGAGGCGGCGGGCGGCGGGAAGGCCGAACUGCUCAUCACCUUGCUGCUGGCCAAGGAGCGGGACCACUUCCAGGACCUGCGGGUGGCCCUGGAGAAGACACAGCCCCACCUGCUCUCCAUCCUCUACCUGAACGGCGUGGCGGGGGCGCCGGCCGAGACGGCCGGUUCUACUUACAGUGUGCUGUCCAUAAUGCCUUCUGAUUCUGAAAGCAGCAGUUCUCUGAGUAGCAUUGGUACAACUGGUAAAGCAUCGUCUCCACCACCUGUAAUAGACACAAGACAGAUGAAUGAGAAGCUGGAGACAAUAUUAUAUCAGCUCCGUCAGGUAACUCGAGAGAGGGAUGAGCUGCGCAAGCGACUUGCACUUUCAUCUCCUGGAUCAACUUUUGAUGACUGCAGGCCUAGUCCAAAACCAAAUCAUGAUUAUGAAAGACUGAAGAUACAGUGCAUGAAGGCUAUGUCAGACCUACAGUCUCUGCAGAAUCAACACACCAAAACACUAAAAAGGUGUGAAGAAGCAGCAAAAGAGGCAGAUUUUUAUCACACAUUGCACAGUCGGCUGCUGAGUGACCAGUCGCAACUGAAGGAGGACAUGGAUACCUUGAAGAGGAAAAAUACGCAGUUGGUACGAGAACAUAAUCAUCUCCAGCAGUCGUGUGAGGAAAUGAAAAGACUUCACGAUGAGGAUCAGAAGGAGAUAAUGGACCUGCGCAGCCAGCAGCAGCAGGUUAUGAAGCAAAAUGGAUCAUCAGAGAUAUUAAAUAAACUUUAUGAUACAGCAAUGGACAAGCUAGAGGGUGUGAAGAAGGAUUAUGAUGCCCUAAGGAAACGGUACAAUGAGAAAAUCGCAAGUCACAACACGGAUCUGAGCCGUCUAGAACAGGCUGAGGAGGAGAACAGACGUUUUCAGAAACAGAUUGACAUGUUAAUGAAGCAAAGGGACACAGCAAUACAUUUUCAGCAGCAAUAUUCGUCCUCCAUUAGAAGAUUUGAAUCAGUACAGCAGGAACUAAGCAAUGCCACAGCACAAAACAAAGAGUUGCAGAGAGAGAUGGAGCGAUUACAGUCAGAGGUGACAAGGUUCAAAACAAUGCAGUUGAAAGCAGCAAAGGAUGCAGAAAAAUACAAGGAAGAAAGGGAUUCAGUAUUCAAUGAAUACCGCCUUAUAAUGAGUGAAAGAGAUCAAGUAAUCAAAGAGGUAGAUAAGCUUCAAACAGAGCUGGAGCUUGCAGAGUCCAAACUGAAGAACACUUCUUCUGAAAAGCGAGUGGCUAGUGAAGAGAUGGAAGCUUUAAGACAGGAGCUAAACUCAGCUCUAGUGGAAAGAGAUCGAGCAAUUUGUGAGAGGAAUGAGUUGCUGGAAAAAUACUGUCAUGAAGUGAAGGACAAAGCUGAGGCCCAGAAGGAACUUGACCAAGCGUGCAAGGAUAUAGAGACAGUGAAGGAGGAAAGAGAUGUUGCCAGGAAAGAGAGAACAGAAGCUAUCAUCCAGAGAGACCAUCUACUAAGGGAAUAUUAUCAGGCCCGUCAGAUACAAGAUUCUGCUACCCUUGACAUAGAAAGAGCAAACAAAGAAAUUGAAAUGCUUCGGAAACAAUAUGAGGCAAUGUCACAAGAACUAAAGGAAGCUGUCCAGGAAGCAGAAGUAGCCAAGUGUAGGAGAGAUUGGGCCUUUCAAGAGCGGGAUAAGAUUGUUGCAGAAAGGGAAAGUAUACGGACUUUGUGUGACAACUUAAGAAGGGAGAGAGACCGGGCCGUGAGUGACUUGGCUGAAGCUCUUCGCAAUCUGGAUGACAUGAGAAAGCAGAAAAAUGAUGCUGUUCGUGAACUGAAGGAACUGAAGGAGAAGAUGGAGAAUCAGUUGGAAAAGGAGGCCAGAUUCCGUCAGUUGAUGGCCCAUAGUUCCCAUGACUCAGCUAUAGACACAGAUUCUCUGGAAUGGGAAACAGAAGUGGUAGAAUUUGAAAAAGACAGAGACGAUAUGGACCUGAAAGCACUUGGUUUUGAUGUGGCAGAAGGUGUGAAUGAACCAUACCUCCCUGGAGACUGUGGGAUCUUCGUUACCAAAGUAGACAAAGGAAGCAUUGCUGAUGGUCGAUUAAGAGUGAAUGAUUGGUUGCUGAAGAUAAAUGAUGUGGAUCUUACUAAUAAGGAUAAAAAGCAAGUUAUAAAAGCUGUUCUAAAUGGAGGAGGUGUUAUUAACAUGGUGGUUCGAAGAAGGAAGUCCUUAGGUGGGCGAGUGAUAACGCCUCUUCACAUCAAUGUUUCCGGACAAAAAGAUAGUGGGGUCAGUCUAGAAAAUGGAGUAUUUGUUGCUGCUGUUGUGCCUGGAAGCCCAGCUGCCAAAGAGGGUUCCCUUAGUGUGGGAGAUAGAAUAAUUGCUAUCAAUGGCAUUGCAUUAGAUAAUAAGUCGCUUACUGAAUGUGAAGCUUUGCUACGGAACUGUAGGGAUUCCCUUACUCUGUCACUGAUGAAGGUUUUUCCUCAAAGUUCUUCUUGGAGUGGUCAAAAUAUAUUUGAAAAUCUGAAGGAUUCAGAAAAAAUAUCAAACUGUAGGGUUCAUACAUCAGACAUACAAGCCCAAAAUAAAAGAAAUCUGAAACUCAACAGCUCAACCCAGACCGACAUUUUCAAUCCAGACAUCAUGGAUGGCAAGAAGGACCAGAGUGAUCAGGGCAGCAGUUCAUUUUGCGAUCACAAAGCUUUCCCUAAUAACACAUUGCGAGUAGACUCUCACAGGAACACAGUGCACAGUUGCCACAGUAAUUCAGAACACAGUCUCAGCAACUUCAGCCCAGAGGCAUAUGGGGACCGAGGCUAUGGAGAUGUUGACUUGGACAACAGGAGGCUGCCUUAUGAACCUACAGGAGCUGACUGUAUGAUGGUAGAGACAGCAUUUGACAAAGGACAUGGAACUAAGCAUAGUGGUGGUACCUGGCCAAAAGUCAUGGUUAAUAUCUCAGCAACAGAAACCGAAAAGUUCUCUGUGUACAGAAAGCCAAAACAAAGGAAAUCUAUCUUUGACCCUGAUACUUUCAAAAGACCACCAACUCCUCCUAAAUUGGAGUACCUUUCCCCUAAUCAGGUGACAGGCCAUUCACCUCAGCCAUCAAAAGCUGAAAUGGCUUCAACUCCUCCAACUCCUCCUAAGAGGAGUGACUCUAUCAAAUUUAAACAUAAACAGCAGGCCAGCUCUGCAUCAGAGUCGACGGUAACAACUGGAUCACCACCCACAAGCCCAGCCACUGCCCAAGCUCCGGUUUCCUUGGCACUUAAACAGGACUCUGCUACUCUCAAGGGGCGUGGCAGGAACACUGGGCAUUAUUAUCGGGAGGAGGGAAUUGACUGCACUCAUCUCUCUUCAAGGAAAUCCUGCGAAGAUGACAUUGGCUUUCAAAGAGUUGAAGAGCCAGAGAUUAAAAGACCAAGGCCAAAAUCAGCUCCUGCUCUGAGGCAUAAGAUGACUCCUAUGCCCAUUCCUAAUCCCGCACUUCAGGUACAGAAGUAUGCUCCAGCUAGUGAGGAGCAUCUGUCUCCAGAACUACAGGAAUGGGCACCAUAUUCACCCAAACGGUCUGCUAGGCACAGUGAUGGCUUUGUGCCGGCUGCAUUAUAUGCUGGCAGCAUGUCAGCAGCAGGUACGGUACCAAGAAGCUUAGCACCAUGCCCUGCAGUAACUGCUGUCAUGAGAAAUCCAAUCUAUACUGCCUGGAGCCAUAGAGUUCACACUAGUAAUUGCCCAUCGGUCGCCAGCCAAAUAUGCCAUCAGCAUCUGCAUCCCAGUUCCCAGCAUCAAGGUCGCCUGAGUUUGGACCUAAGUCAUAAACACUCCAGUGACUACUCUGAAAAUUCACGUACAAGAGCAUCUCAUGGCUCAAAUUCAUUACCAUCCAGUGCAAGACUUGGUUCUUCAAGUAAUUUGCAAUACAGAACAGAACGAAUUAAGAUCCCUUUAACACCAAGAUAUCCAAGGUCCAUGAUGGGCUCUGACAGAGGCUCCUUGUCACACUCUGAAUGUAGCAGCCCCAGCUUGAUAACUCCUCCACAGUCACCUCUGAAUUUGGAAACGUCUUCCUUCGCCAGCAGCCAAUCUCAGAACUCCCUUUCUACAUUACCUAGGAUUUCCAUUAGCCCAGUAUCUAUUGGAGAACGUAGAAAAGAUAGGCCCUACAUGGAAGAGCCACGUCAUGUUAAAGUGCAGAAGGGUUCUGAGCCACUAGGGAUUUCCAUUGUGAGCGGAGAAAAUGGUGGAAUAUUUGUCUCUAAAGUAACAGGUGGGAGCAUUGCCCAUCAAGCUGGCCUUGAGUAUGGUGAUCAGUUACUGGAGUUUAAUGGAAUAAAUUUGAGAAAUGCUACAGAGCAACAGGCUCGACUAAUCAUUGGACAGCAGUGUGACACCAUUACUAUUCUGGCUCAGUAUAACCCGCAUAUGUAUCAGCUUGGCAAUCAUUCACGAUCAAGUUCUCGUCUAGAACCUGUGAGUAAUCAUUCCACCCCUCAAGGCAGCGGAGCUGCAACGCCUGACAAUCAUUCCGUAAUCGAUACUGUGAGUGAACAGGAUGAAGGUACGAUGACACCCCCGUCCAAACAAACCACACCAACUACAAGUCCCCGGAAUUCUUUAAGGGGCCCUGCGGACACAAACAAAAGGACCCCUGAACCUAGAACUGUUGUUGUUAAAAAAUCCCAAGUUGAUCUUGGGAUCCAGAUAUGUGGUGGAAACCUGUAUGGAAUAUUUGUCUCAGAUGUAGAUGAUGAUAGCCCAGCAAAAGGACCUGAUGGACUUGUCUUGGGUGACAUGAUACUUGAGUAUGGGUCCAUUGAUAUGCGAAAUAAAACAGCUGAGGAAGCUUAUCUUGAAAUGUUGAAGCCUGGAGAAAACAUAAAAAUAAAGACUCAGUACAGAAUAGAAGAGUUUAAUAAGAUAAAAGAACUUCCUGGAGAUGGAUUCUAUAUCAGAGCACUUUAUGAUCGUCUGGCAGAGGUGGAACAGGAUUUAAGCUUUAAGAAGGAUGACAUUUUGUAUGUUGAUGACACUCUGCCACAGGGAAACUUUGGCUGCUGGAUGGCUUGGCAGCUAGAUGAGAAUGCUCAGAAGCUGGAAAGAGGACAGAUUCCAAGUAAAUAUAUGAUGGAUCAGGAAUUCUACAGGAGACACAGCAUGUCUGAGAAUAAAGAUGAAAACAGCUCAUCUAAGACAUUGUCAGCAGCAGCACGGAGGUCAUUCUUCAGAAGAAAGCAUAAACACAAGCGAAGUGGUUCCAAAGAUGGAAAGGAUCUACUGGCUCUUGAUACAAUCAGUACAGAUUCAAUUCCUUUCUUGGAUGAUUCUGCAAGUCUGGCAUAUCAGCGUGUACAGAAAGUGGACUGUACCUCUCCUAGGCCUGUCCUUAUUCUAGGACCUUUACUUGAUGCUGUGAAAGACAUGUUAGUCAAAGAAUCGCCUGGAAAAUUUUGCAGAUGUCCUCUUGAGGUUAUGAAAGCUUCCCAACAAGCCAUUGAACGGGGCGUGAAGGAUUGUCUGUUUAUUGAUUAUAAACGGAGGAGCGGACAUUUUGAUGUGACAACUGUAGCUUCAAUAAAAGAGAUAACAGAAAAGGAUUGUCAUUGUCUGCUUGACAUCGCUCCUCAUGCCAUCGAACGGCUCCACAGUGUUCAUAUCUACCCUAUUGUAAUUUUUAUUCGCUACAAAAAUGCUAAACAAAUCAAAGAGCAAAAAGACCCAAUCUUCCUGAGGGACAAAGUUACACAGAAACAUUCCAAAGAACAGUUUGAGACAGCUCAAAAAAUUGAACAAGAGUAUAGCAAGUACUUUACAGGCAUCGUCCAGGGAGGAGCCCUUUCAAGCAUUUGCACUCAGAUUAUGACAACUGUAGAUCAAGAACAAAACAAAGUCCUAUGGAUCCCAGCUGGCCCGCUGUAAAUUUAUUUUGCUGUAAAACUACUUUGCAGAUAUAAAUAACCAACUAACUUUCUAUUCAACGGAUUCAGUCAAUUUCUGUCUUUGUAAAGAUAUCCAUAAGUGAUUUCUGUUUCAUGAAGGGGAAUGAUAACACUGAACAUAAGGACCUGACGAGACACGUGAGAAGGGGUAGAUCACUUCACCGAGCUUGUCUCUAAUGUCAUACGUGUACACAUGACAGGUUGCCAUGAGGGGUUGUGACCUGCAUGUACUUGUCCAUGAGUAAAGAAUUUAACAAUGCUGCAAAACCCUGUAGAAUGGCAAGUUUACAAAAACCUUUUCCAAGUAUUUGGUUGUUGCUGUUUACUUGAAUGUCUUUUGUUUUGUUUUGUUUUUUUUUUAACUAUGUCCUUUCACUUAAUGAGGUAACUCUCCAACACAGAGUGAAAUUUCUGAAUAUGAAUGAAUGGCUUAUGCGCAACAUGACUCUUAGUUAUCAUUUUGACCAUUUCUAAGCACAUUGUUGACUUACAACGAGGUAAUAACAUGGGAUUGAAUCGGUACGUCUUGGGAGUAAGCUCAGAAGGAAGUACACUCCUUUACAGGGCAGACCACUGUUUGUAUCCUGUCAGCUGUUGUCUGUCAAAGAUAUCGUUUCUUGUUUUAUGCAUGAAUUUAAUAUUUAAACAUCAUAAUAUAUCUGAACAAUCCAAGCUUAAUGUGUGUUGAAAAAUAAUAAUUUUUGGUUGUUGGGCCUGGAUUAAGUACUGGUGGGGAAGAGUCAUAAGCUAGGCCUAGCAUGCUGUGUUCUGUCACUUUUUAGAUACUGUAAAUAUGGAAAGCUUAUGUUGGUGCAAUUUUGCAGGGUAAUUCUUAAGCUUUGUACUUCAGUGUAUAGCAUUCACAUAGAUUGUUUUUAUUUAAGAGCAGCCACAGUUUUAGGGCUUUGAUUAAAAGCCUUUAGUAAGGUACUAAAUUGUUAGUGUUCUCACUGUCAAAAAAUAAGUGAUCGUUUAGUUUUGGUUGCAAUACCUACUUACAGAUUGUACAAACUCCAUGGUAUCAGUUCCUUUUUUGUUUUUUGCACUUCUGACUCUGUGUUCCUAACACAGGUUUUGUACCUGUCUCUUCUGUCUCUUGUGCCAUGUUUCUUGGGUACUGUAUUUUAAUUGUUUUUAAAAUGUCAUAUGAGUAGAACUGCUUCUCGGUCACUGUUCCUAACAUUUCAUUAUGUAGGUUUCUAGUUUUACACUACAGGCUGUAGCUUUGCUUCUGUUUGCAGCUUUUUUUAAUUGAAAAAAGGGAUUCUUCUUGCACAGUUCUUCAAAAGAAAGAUCUGGUCUUAAAUUUAAAUUCUGUUUUACAGAUGCUAUUUUAUAGUUCAAAAUACUUUCUAUAGUAUCUAUAUAAUUAUACUAUAUAGAGUAUUUUGAACUAUAAUACAUACUAUAUAUAUAGUAUUUUAUAUAGUAAUGCCAUACUAUUAUAAUACUGUAUAUAUAUAAAUUAAAAAUAGGAAAUUGUAUGGAUGAAUUACUAGUCAAAGUACUUCUCAUGGUGAGGGACAGAAGGGCUUUUUUUUUGUUUAUCUCAUUUUUUUGUUUGUUUUUUAAAGUUUGAGGUCAGAGUAGACUCCAGUGGUACAACUGAAACAGACAGGUACUGUUCUGACAUGGAUUUUCUGUACUAAAAUGAAAAUGUCACUUUGUAUCAAAAAAAAAAAAAGUUAAAGAAACUGAUUACUAAAUAAAGGUCAAUUUCUGUAACUUGACUUGUGUGUAAGAGGUGCAUAUAGCUAAUGUUCUCUUUGACUCUGUUUAGUUGAGUCCUCAUAUAAGGUUCAAUUUUCUGACUAAAACUGUCACAUAUAGGUUCAGUUCCUUGACAGGAACAAGUUUCAGUUUUGUGAUUUUGCCCAACCUUGCAUACAUAAAUACCUAAAACAUUCAAAAACCACAGGGCACAAGAAAUGAGAUUGAGAUGUUGGGUUUGUGUUAACAGCUUUUUAACAUUCUGGCCCAGUGGUGAUAAGGAUUUCAAGUGGAAAUGUGAUUGGCUGGAUGGAGGCUUUAACUGGAGAACUAGUCUGUCACUAUUAUUUUUGAGUGUCACUGGAAACCAGGGAAAAC